CAAGACGCGCAGCGGAGACUGAUGCGCGCUGUACAAAGAAAUAGAUAGCCUUUUUCCCCCGAGUAUUACAAAUGCGAAAGUAUAAGAAUAAAGCGGAGUAUUCGCCGAAACCUUGAGAUAAAAAUACAAGACAGCAAGAGCGCUCAUGGAGACGCACCGGAGCAUAAACACUCGCUCUUAAGACAGCAGCAGCAGAACGACGCAGACCUGCCAUAGGUGUUUUUUUUUGCAACGUUUCAAGUCCAUCUAAAAGGAAAAAAAUAAACCAUGAACUUAUCGGAGUCCGUGUGGCUCUGGGAAGAGCCGUGGAACCUCAGCAGACCGGAGGAGGAAGAGGACCAGAAACUUUUAUUCGGGAUCGGCACGGAUAAUUUCAUCACGCUGCUGGUUUUCGGGCUCAUCUUUACGCUCGGCGUGCUGGGCAACUCCAUGGUGAUCACCGUGCUGGCCCGCAGCAAACCGGGGAAACCGCGGAGCACCACCAACAUAUUCAUCCUCAACCUGAGUAUAGCAGACCUGUCCUAUCUGCUCUUCUGCAUCCCUUUCCAGUCCACUAUCUACAUGAUGCCGACUUGGGUCCUGGGCGCGUUCAUUUGCAAAUUCAUCCACUACUUUUUCACUGUGUCCAUGCUGGUGAGCAUCUUCACCCUGUCUGCCAUGUCCGUGGACCGGUACAUUGCCAUAGUGCACUCCAGAAAGUCCUCCUCUAUCCGGGUGGCGAAGCAUGCUUUGAUCGGGGUGGUGGUGAUUUGGAUUCUCUCUCUGGCCAUGGCUGCGCCCAUCAUGUAUUACCAGAACAUCUUUCACAGAGGGGAGAAUCACACCUAUUGCUGGGAAGUGUGGCCAGAUCAAAUCCAGAAGAAAGUCUACGUCGUUUGCACGUUUGUUUUUGGUUAUGUGUUGCCCCUAUUGCUGAUUUCCUUCUGCUAUGCAAAGGUUUUAAAUCACUUGCACAAAAAACUAAGAAAUGUGUCCAAAAAAUCUGAGGCAUCAAAGAAAAAGACAGCUCAGACAGUCCUGGUGGUGGUGGUGGUGUUCUGCAUCUCUUGGCUCCCUCAUCAUGUCGUUCACCUGUGGGUAGAGUUCGGGACCUUCCCGCUGAACCAGGCCUCGUUCGUAUUAAGGGUGGCCGCCCAUUGCCUGGCGUACAGCAAUUCAUCUGUCAACCCGGUCAUCUAUGCCUUCCUGUCAGAGAACUUCAGGAAGGCAUACAAGCAGGUGUUCAAAUGCCAGAUUGGUACCAGUGACUCCCCGCUCAACGACAUCAAGGACAUCCGCAGCAAAGUGGACACCCCGCCCUCAACUAACUGCACCAACGUCUGA